AACCAGGGUUUUAUUCAUAUAAUAAGUAAACAAAACAAAAACUCACUAAGGAAGAGAGUGCUAAUGUUUGGGUGUCCUGUCGAGAAAAUAUCCCAGUCCCUAAUAAAAGUUUUUGAACUUUUCGACUGUUAAUUAAAGCAAACGCCGGAAAGACCGGAGUGUCGUCGUUGACAAGUCCACAGGCAACUGCAUCAGCAAUGCUCACCAGGUGCAUCUUGCGCCGAAGCUUCUCCACUCAACGCCUUAGUAAAAAUGUCACCUUCCACAUGAGCGAACAUGUCGCCUCCACGACGAGGGAUCACACCUGCGAGGACCAGACACCUCUGACAAUUAUGCUGCCAUGGUUGGGAGCGCGUCCCCAGGCCGUGGCCAAGUACUGCGAGCUCUACCUUCGCACCGGCUUUGAUGUGCUUGUAGUCGAGAGCGAGGUGCAAGAAUUCCUAUGGCCUCGCUGGAGUUUGCAACAUGGCAAGAAGCUGCUGGAGUUGUUGCACAGUGACCGUUUUGUAUCGCGGCCACUGCUUGUGCACGCCUUCUCCAUCGGCGGUUACACCUUCUCACAGCUGCUGGUUCUAGUGUCCGAGGACCCGCAGAAAUACAAGACACUCACCAAGAGGAUCAAAGGACAAAUCUACGAUAGUCUGGUGGCAGGCUCUGUGGAGUUGAUGGCUUCAGGUGUGGCCAAGAUCGUGUUUCCACGCUGGGAGACGACGGUGAAACAAAUGAGCCUCCUGUACUUUAACACGUUCAAGCGCCAAACCACCGACUACUACAACAGGAGCAUCCAAGUCUUCUGGAAUUCUCCCAUCACUGCCCCCGCUCUCUUCUUCUACUGUGACAACGACCCGCUGAGUGACCCGGGUGCGCUGGAGGAAGUAAUCGACUUCUGGCGGGGUCGCGGUGUAACCCUCACUGCCAAGAAAUGGGAGAGUUCCAAACACGCCGGCCACCUGAAGGCCCACCCGCAAGAGUACGUUGACACUCUGGAAACCUUCCUCCACUCGCUCACGCUUGUUCCGCUCAAGGCCAAAAUGUAGUUCUCAUGCCAAAUCUGCUCCAACUUCUGUUACUAGGAUGAAUUUAUCUUCUCAGGUUUCAAUACUAGUCAAACUAUUUAUUUUAAAUGCAAUAAGUGGGAACGGCAAAAAGAAAAAAACUACUUUCAAGGUGUUGCUCUCUAUCUGUGUGAUGAAGGAUUAUUAAUUAAUUACUACAUUAUAAGAUUGCGGUUGUAAUUGUAGGAUAAAAUGUGUGUGAAGCUAAAACUAUUUGCAUAAUUUCACUGCUCAAAUCAAGAUUUCCAGUGAACAGUUUACUUUAGACUUUUGGAUGUUUACUCAAAAUGGUUUGACUACUUAGCUUGUUAACCUGUGGAGAAUGGAACAUGCUUGUGCUGUUAUGCGCUUAUUGCCAGCAAUAAGCAAUGCUGUUACUGAGUUCCAACUGCACUAUUGACAUUUUCAGGAACUGUUUCCCACAGUGGUUUGAUUGGGUUCUUGAAUUAAAUGCAAUUGAAUGUACGGUGGACGCAAUGUGUCUUGAAAACUUUGAUGUUGGUUUCUUGAAUUAAAUGCAAUUGAAUGUACGCUGGACGCAAUGUGUCUUGAAAACUUUGAUGUUUAUAUACAUAUCCGGUUUGUCACGCCUUGUGUACUGUACAUUAUUUCCCAAAUAAAAUUGGAAUGUAUGCGAGCGUCAAA